AUGGAUAGUAAAAAGAAAGAUAAGGACAAGGCAGAUGAAAGAAUGACACAGACUACUGGGAGGUCAGGCCAUAAUCCACGUGGAACUGGUUCUUCAAAUUCGGGUGUGUUAAUGGUUGGACCUAACUUCAGAGUUGGCAAGAAAAUUGGAUGUGGUAAUUUUGGAGAGCUACGGUUAGGAAAAAAUUUAUACACAAAUGACUAUGUGGCAAUUAAGCUGGAGCCAAUGAAGUCGAGAGCACCACAGCUACAUUUGGAAUACAGAUUCUACAAGCAGCUAGGAUCUGGAGAUGGACUACCUCAGGUUUACUAUUUUGGCCCAUGUGGCAAAUAUAAUGCUAUGGUGCUAGAACUACUUGGACCUAGUCUGGAAGAUUUAUUUGACUUGUGUGGUAGGACAUUUUCUCUUAAAACCGUUCUUAUGAUAGCCAUACAGUUGAUUUCUCGUAUGGAGUACGUCCAUUCAAAGAACGUGAUAUACAGAGAUGUAAAACCUGAGAACUUCUUAAUAGGACGACCUGGAAACAAAACCCAGCAAAUCAUUCAUAUUAUAGAUUUUGGUUUGGCAAAGGAGUAUAUAGAUCCAGAAACAAAGAAGCACAUACCAUAUCGAGAACACAAGAGCCUUACAGGAACAGCUAGAUACAUGAGUAUAAAUACACAUUUAGGAAAAG